CACUGCGCUACGUAGCCCACUAGUAGCAUUGCAGUUACUUGGUUCAACUCUUAGCCAGUAUCUGAGUCAACACUGUGGACCGCUUUCAAGCAGUAAGCUGCGUUAAAAAAGGAAGAUGGCUGUUUUCUGAGUUUGAGUUGUAGUGCCAUGUAAUCUCAUAGAAGUUUACCAGCGUUUCAGAUGUUCUUGCUACCUGCAUGCUCCGGGCUCGCUUUAUGUAUAAUAACAUUUGGCCACGUGAGGACGCCAGAGGAAGUCCAGUUACCGAAUUGCUAUAUCAGAAUAGGAAUAUCUUAAUUUAUUUGUUAUACUUCAGUGAAGGUGCUGACUAUCGUCUUUAGGAUACGCCAUCAGGACCUCUCACUCGAAGAGAAAGUAAAUGCCAAUGAACAUCUCUUCCAAGGAUAACAGCCCGUCUAGGAAAUGCGGCCAGAUACCGUCAAACAAGUUCACUUCUUCAGGAUUCUCUGCUGAAACGGAACUUGUUUUAAUCCAGAAGCAUCUGUCAAGCCGAGGAGUUCCUGCAGUAACGAUUUCAAACAGCUCCGUGCACAAGCUGGCGAUGGUGAGACGCCAAGCAAUCAACGUCUUGUUCAGGGGCACCGAAGAUACUAAACGUUACAUAAAACAAGCCACAGAGCCAUCAACGGACAGGAAUUUCUCAAUUGAUAUCUGGGUAUUAUUCUUGGAUGCCGAAUCUCUUCUGGAGGAAUUCUUCGCUGGUAUAUACAUUCCUUUCGACUGCGAGUUCCUGGUUGCGCAGAUAGAAGAUAAAUACGUUUCACUGACCGAAGUGUACCACAUCGGCCCUGCACGUCCCCUGCAAACAUACCGUUUUGGGACAUGGACUGCUCGAAGUGGCCUCGCCUGGCGUUUAAUCGGUUUCUUCAGGAGGAGAUACAAUCUUCAAGAACAACUAAUAAAAGUUGCUUAUGUGGAUCAGAAACACGCCCUCACAGAGACGCACAACAAUGGAUCCAAGAAGAUCACUGGAUUCUUUGUCCACGUUUGGAACACAAUUGCUAAUUUUCUCAACAUGAAAGCUGUGUGCCAGAGAGUUGACACUUACGGUUCAAGAAUGGAGAAUGGGUCAUGGAACGGAAUAAUACAAAUGGUGAUUAGUAACGAGGUCCACGUCGGAGUGGGUGACUUCACCGUUACGGCAGGCAGGUCUGCCGUGGUGGACUGCUUAGCCCCUCUGAUAAUCUCCAGCCUGAAUGUGUUCAUUCGGGUCCCUGAUCAAUCUGGGAUAGUGGUCUGGGGCCGGUAUGUUGCUCCCUUCAGCCUGGGUCUUUGGGUAGCUGUAGCAACGGCAGUCUGCGCUCUCAGUUUCUGUCUGUGGCUGACCGCCGCACUUCAAGCCCGAGAGAAGAAAUUUGCAGCUACUGAGGCGAUGUUUUACGUCUUUGGAACUUUGUGUCAACAAGGUCAGCCGGACUCAGCUGUUUGCACAGCAGUGCGUGCCGUAGAGCUGACGUCCUAUAUGACGUCAUUGGUGCUAUUCGCCGGUUAUUCUGCGUAUCUCGUCUCCAGUCAGACAGUGCAGCAUACAGUUCUGCCAUUCAGGAGCCUGCAGGGUCUCCUGGAGGAUGGCUCGUACGGCCUGGGCCUCGCCCAGAACUCCUCACACCUCAACUUGUUCGAUGCAGAAACCGAAGGACUCAAAAGCAUCGUUUACAAGACACUAAUAUCACCACACAAGAACGAUAUGCCUGCUGGAAAUUUAGAAGGCUUCACAAGAGUCUGUGACAGUAGGCAUAAAUAUGCUUUUAUGGCUUCUCUCUACGUUGGACAAUACUGGGCAAUGAAAUUGCCAUGUCACUUCACAACACUUCCAGACACUUUCUACCCGGAAUGUCUAACGUUCGUCAUAUCAAAGAACAGCCCCUACAAGAAACUCAUCAACUGGAACUUGUUACGUCUUCGAGAGAGUGGGAUUCAGGACAGAAUUCGACAAGAAUACCUUCCACCGAAGCCCUCAUACGUAAACAAAUCAGUAAUAAGUGUCGAUAUAAUAUCUGUGGCUCCAAUUUUAGUUGUGUUUUUUGGUGGCGUAGUAACAGCUGUGGCAGUGCUGGCUAUUGAGCACAUUGUCUGUAUUUGUCUACGGCAGUUGGAUUUCUUUACGACACCGCGAAAAUCGAAGACAUUUUUACUAUAGAUCAGGGUGGUUCAAAUCUUUUCUUCCCUUGGUCCAAGAAUAAUUUCACCAUUGGAUUCAAGGGCCAAGAAACCCGUCCUAGCACUGUUUUGAAAACUAAUAGUUAAUUUUCAUUAUCUUUAAAAUACUUGUUUAGAAAUGGCAAAUUACUAAUAUGCUAAAAUAUAAAUAUUAUUAAAAUGUGCAGAAAUUGAUAUCAAUUUAGACCUGCAUAUUAUUUUACGUUUAAUACUGCAACAACUUUUAUCUGUCACAGUUUUUACCUGCAAAACUUAACAUUUUACGGUAUGGUUUAAAAUUCAUAUUUUGUGUGGAAUAUGUAUGUAAAGCAGCAGACGAGAUAAGAAUCACAAUCUUUUUUUUCAAAUCUUUCUGAGUGAAUAAAAUAAAUGAGCUUCUAAUACGUGGUAAUAAGUAACAAAUAAUUUUGCGGAAAUGAUCCCCAAUCGAUUCUGUUAAGAUUGUAGAUGAACUAACAAUUCCUCAGCAAUAUGUCGUUUUACGUUAGUAAUAUUCAACAGAUUAAUCCUGCCACAAGACUGCAGCACAACAAAACAUAGAAAAAGAGACAAAAGUACAGCAGAAUUGUAUUUCAGGGUACGUCCUGAUUUUCUACUGUUCAAAUGAUGGACAAAGUACAAAAAACAAUUUGUCAAAAUAUGACGCAUAACUGCCAAACUUCAAAAUUCGAAAAUGUAUUUCUUCAGAAACUACUUCAUAAACUUGUGGUCUUAAUGUGCUGUACCUGGACGACAUGAAUUAUUCUGCUAUAAGCCUCCGUCUAUUUUGCCUUCGCUAUAAGAGCUAUUAAUAGUCUAUCUUAAACGUCGGCCACUCCCUACCGGACCUACGUAUAUCGAUUUAUGGCGCUGCUGUUGAGGUCAGAGUACUGAAGCUGCAGUAAUUCAUUAUUGCCGUGUUAGAUCUGAAUCUACUGAAAAACUGUUUUCUCUUAUCCAUUACUUAUUAAGUGCUUGUGGCCAGAAUUUGUUUCUGAGUUUCCGUUAUUAAUCGUCGUCUCACUUAAUUGAUGGUGGUCUAAUGGGGACUUUAUGAGAUAUGAUGGCUUGGAUAAUGGCGAGGCGUCCUUUUCUAGUUGUUAACAGUCCGCAGUGCUUCUUAUCCCACGCAAGUUAAGUAAUUUUGUGAGGUUAAAGUCGACUGCUUUCUGUUGUGUUCUAAUAUUGUGAUUAAGCUGGGACGAAUCUUUCCCUGUAGUAUUAUUAUUAAUUAAUUAUCUUAAUAAGCAUGUGUAUUACUCAAAUAUUUGAAUGUUAUAAAAUUGGUACACGUAAAUAAGAAAGUAUAAUCCCAAAUGUUUUUGCAACAAGAGCAAGAAAUAUUAUGAAUACAAUCCUGGAUUUAUUUCUUUUUUCGUGUAGGUUAAGACAGAUAAGAGAAGGAGAAUAUUAAUUCUCAGGACGCAUUUAUGAUCCAGUUUUAAAGGCAUGCUUCCAUGUUUCUUGAUAAAGGCUCCAAAUAUUGUAUCGACAUUGCAGUUAAUUUAUGAACGUAGCUUAAUUUGUAAUAUAUUAUAUGGGUUUAUUAACUGAUUGUUUACCCGCCUCUGAAACUAAAGUCUAGGUACAAUUUGGAUAAUCUUGUAAUGACAAAAGGAAUGUCUGAAAGAAUUAAGACGAUAAGAGAACGUGACAUAUAACAUAAAACUACAUGAUGAUUGCAUGAAUUAGCAACACAGUUUAACUACGCAAGGUAUUUGACUUAGAAUGAUAUAAGAAGAUGGUAAUAAACACUUUGGUUUAUGAGAAAUGGGAAGGAGAAAGCAGUCCCCUACUGUGAAGUAACAGAAAUUGAUUUAAAAAAAAACAGGAAUUUUCAGUCAGAGUAGAAUGUUAUCUCCUGUUGCCACUACAGUAACCUGCUUUUUGGGAGAAGUAAGAAUUUUAUAAAUUAAGGGUCGUCUUGAUCAAAUAGGCAAAAUUAUACGCCAUCUUAAAUCACAAAAUUUAUUUCUCUGAGUCUUUUGCGUGUUAAUACAAAAAUUGUUAUAUUACCUACCAAACAAAGUUAUAUAUUUGUGUCGAAAGGAAAUGUCUACAAAGAUAACCAACUAUAAAACAGCACAGUAAAGGUUCCAUAGAAUGCCACUUUACUCUUUACUACAUUCUUAGGAGACGAAAAAAAUGACAUCUUUAACUUAAACUUAGAAACAACCUCCUUUCUUUAUUUUCUGAUAAGCUAUGGGAUAUUGUAAGCAUACAACACAGUUCUUAGUUCAUGUCAGACGAAUGUAAUUCAGAGAUUAAAAUCCAGUAGAUAGUCCUAUUUUAAGUAACCAAGAAAAUUAUUUAAUCAGCUGGGAUAAAUAAACAAGGUUACACAAACUAUGCCGGUGGUAGGCCUACAUAAAACUUUUCCUACAGAUUUACGAUAGCUCAUGCAAACUAUAACCAGAUUAUGUUGAAGCUUUCGUCGUAUCUGCCUGCAGUUUGUAUAUACCUAGUUAUUGAUAUUUUACACUAGCCAUUGGAAAUUAAAUUCGGCCAUUUCAGUUGUUUGCACACCUGGUACCCCCAGUGUAUAGACAGGAUUUUCAUUCAAUUUAGCUCCACAACUAAACCCAAGGAGCAGAGUUCUUCCUGAUAAAUCGACAGGCACUCAGAUGUACAAGAAUUUUCACCAUUUUUGUGAUUCGAAGUUCCAUUAUCGUCUCCAGAAGAUCAUUUCACUGGACUUCAUCUUGAAGUAGACAAACCCGGUCCAUAUCACCACACCCGUUUCCUUUGUGAACCAUUUUAAUAUUGACCUUCCAUCUACACCUAGGUCUCCCGCGUGAUGUCUUCCCUUCACGCUACCCGACUAAAAUUAUUGUUUCUUUCAUGCGUGCUACAUGUCCCUCACAUCACGUUUCUUGACUUCAUCACUUUGAUGAAAAUUACAAAUUAUGAAGGUUUUCGUUAUACAAGUUUUUCUUCGAUUUCUGUCUUCAUACUCACCGCUGUGAGAACCUCAAGUCUUACAAGUUUUUCUUCCUUCCUGUCUUAGGUCAAAAUAUUCUCCUCAGCGCUCAGCGCCCUAAUCUCAGACACCCUCAGACAGAAGUUUUUGGGGUAUUAGUCAAUACCAAUACAGAAGCUGAUAACA